GCGGGUCGAUGCCAGCCCUGGUCUGAGCGGGAGUGGAAAGUCCUCCAGGCCAGCGAACCGAGCACGAGCGGGUCGAUGCCAACCCGGGCCUGAGUGCGAGCGCGGUACCGGGAGCGGGAGAACGGGGCGGCCCCGAGCGGCCGCGACAUGUCGAUGAUCAACCACCAGCGGGACUACAAGGCCGGGGAUUUGGUGUUCGCCAAGAUGAAGGGCUACCCACACUGGCCGGCCCGGAUUGAUGAACUGCCAGAAGGAGCUGUCAAAUCGCCAUCGAAUAAAUACCCCAUCUUCUUCUUCGGCACCCACGAGACUGCGUUCCUGGGACCAAAGGACCUGUUCCCCUACGAGGAGACCAAGGAAAAGUUGGGCAAGCCGAACAAACGGAAAGGAUUCAGCGAGGGACUGUGGGAAAUCGAGCACAAUCCAACCGUCAAGAAGUCGGGAUACCAGGAACCUCCGCCCCACCAGAGCUCAUCGGAAGGUGAAGGGGACAGAGAGAAGAAGGAGAGCCAGGAGGGUAGCAGUGAUGAGGAGGGGAAGCUGGUGAUCGACGAGCCGGCUAAGGACAGGGAGAAAGCCGGAUCCAAGCGCAAGCUGGCCACUCCAGCAAAGGUCUCCCCGAAGCGGCCCUGCGAUUCCAAGGAGGUGGAGGGGGAGGCAGAAGAAGGGGGUAAGGGGGUGGAGGAGGAGGGCGGCCGCAGCCCCCCAGCCGAGGGAGAGGAGCACGCGGAGGAGGAGAAGGAGAACAAGGGCAGCCUGGCGCCCCUCGAGAAGAAGGAGAGUGAGGUGGCCAAUGCCACAGAGCCGCAGAAAGUGCACGAGGGGGCUGAGGCUGCUCCUGUUUAAAGCAUGAAGCCGAUUUGCUGGACCAGGCUUUUUUGCAGACGCUGAACCCUCGGAAUCUGGGCCGUUUGUUUUAGAUUUCACAGGAACGAUUUGUUUGUGCUGAUUGUGGCUUUUUACACCCAUGUCGAGCUUGAGCUCACUUUUAUGGUAAUAAAAUAAAAAUCCUGCUUCACGGUU